AGGUAGGGAACUAGAUUAUAGGUGCCAUGCUGAGAUCAUUAUUUCCGCAAAAGACGUAGUCCGAAAUUCUAGGAUGUGAGGUUUUAGUGGAGGACCUUGUUUCUAGUAUGAUGUUGAAGACUUGGUUAAAAAUUAGCUCUUGACGAUAAAGUCGACCGUCAUGGCAGCCAUGUUACCUGCGGGUCAACGUAGCUCCCCGACUGAUCCCAGCUGGCUGGAUAACUUUACUUGUACCUGGACCGAGAAAGGGAAGCUAACGGCGGCUGGAUUUUCAGAGGAUAUGGAUCCUGGUAUGCGACUAUAUCUAGCAGCAAUCUUGCCCAAACAAUGGCCACGUGCACUAGAAAUGGUCAUGGACCAGUUGGAUCAUACUUUCAUUGGCGACGCCUCAAUUUCUUUUUCGUGUAACUGGUCUGACAGUUCUGCAUGUUCUUCUGCGUCGACCGAAGACUGUGUUGAAUUUUGCGUGGGGCCCUUCCCAGCGGCUAUGGUCCCAAGGUAUCAAUUUCUGCAGACUGUAGAGAAAGCUCUGGAAAAACGACCAGUCGGAUUUCUGAGAGCAGAAAAUGAUCUUCUUCUUUUAGAGCGCUUUCACGAACAUGUCUGCAGUCUCAAAUGCCCCGCAGAGCCACUCAAAGGCGCAGCUGGGAAGGUAGAAGAACCACGAAAAACGUCUACUUUUCAGGAAUCAGUAUCAGCAAAGAUUGCUGCUUGGACAUCACUAGCUGUUGGUGGGGCAUUUAUUACCAGCCAAGUCUACAGUUUGAGGGAUGCCUUUAGACACCGGACCAAUGCUGUAAACAAUGAGAACAGACCUUCCUCCUACAUCUACCCACCUACCUCACUGCCAGAUGAAACACAAGGAACACAAGUAGCGGACCGAAUGGACGCAACAAUGGCAGAUCUUAGACAAGCAUGUUACGGCGAGUACAGCGCGAAGAACAGGAGAACAGAAGAGGGUCUGAGGCAGAUACUGCAGACAAAGUACAAUGACAACAUCGAGGAAUUCAGACAGCGUUUUGUCGAGCCAACAUUGCAGCUGUUGACAACUCUACGAAACCAGGGGAUCCCUGUUUCUACACCCAAAUACCAACUACUUCACAUGGUUUCUCCUGACAUCACAUAUGAGGCCGGAGACAUGUUCUUUCAGGUGGGACAGUCAAAACCCGGAACCCUGUCACUCAAAUUCACCAAAUACGACAACGUCCGAAACGUCAUCAGACUACAGAACUUACACGUUUCCGAGAAGGACUACCGGACAGCAUUUACCGACCAGUAUCUCCAGGACCUUCGGACGCUGGCUAGCAAUACUGGCAACAUCGGAGAUGUGCUGAUGAGAACGUGCAUCGUCAUCACCAAGGAUGGGGCGGUGGCGAGAGUUGGAACAUCCAGCAUUAUGGAAGACUUGACAAACAUGAACGUUAUCGGCAGAAUGACUCCGGUACAGAAAAGCGCCAUUGCUGAGAAACUGGACAAGGAACCGGUACUGAGGACAUCGGAUGAUCGGGACGACUGGCUAGCUCUGGCUGAAAGGAUUGCGACUGAAGUAACCUUAGAGGAAGGAUUUACAGCGAAAAUGAACGCAAGCACAGCACCAGGCAGUCCUACCAUGAAGCUACUUGAGGUUCUGGGAAGACGUGACCCAAGUUAUCCCACAGCCCGUCUUCUGGACCAUCUCAGACAGAUGGGGAGAUACGACGCCGUCGACGCCUUCAAUCAUGCAAAAGAAACGAGAGGAAAGAAAGACUGGCAGAGGACCCGCUCACAAACAGUUGAUUUAGUAAGUUGGUUUACGAUUACUUUGAAUGAUUUCAUACAGAUAUCAUAAUCAAUACCUUACUGACUGAAAAAAUAUCUCUAACAUCAGACAAAAUAAACAGAGACAUUGGGUAAGCCGUCGUUUCACUACAAUAAUCAACCUUACUGACUGAAAAAACAUCUCUAACAUCAAACAAAACUAGAGUUCGACGAACACAUCUCUUCGCCAAAUAAUCAUGCCUUUAUUUAA